CUGCGCGCAGCGCUUCCGGCCCGGCCAAGCGGCGGGCGGCUGGCGGCCGGAGGCGGGGGCGCGAUGUGUCGGGACUGGGGGGCAGCGCUCGGGCCGCCGCUGCCGCCAGCGCAAACUUCCCAUGACUAAUCGAUGCUGGGCUAGAUUAUGAGCUCAAACAAGAGCGCUCGCUACAAUCGUUUCUCCAGCGGCGCGACAAGCAUCACUACUUCCGAGAACACUAACGGGACGAGAAUGGAAACCACUUUUGGACCUGCCUAUUCUGCUGUCACGACCAUCACGAAAGCGGAUGGGGCCAACACCUUCAAGCAGCACCGCCGGACACCAUCAUCGUCCAGCACCCUCACCUACUCGCCCCGGGAUGAGGACGAUGGCAUGCCUCCGAUUGGCACCCCCCGGCGGUCUGACUCGGCGAUCUCCGUCCGCUCGCUGCACUCCGAGUCCAACAUGUCCUUGCGCUCGACGUUCUCGCUGCACGAGGAAGAGGAGGAGCCAGAGCCCUUGGUGUUUGCUGAGCAGCCGUCAGUGAAGCUUUGCUGCCAGCUGUGCUGCAGCGUAUUCAAAGACCCAGUCAUCACGACGUGCGGGCACACGUUUUGCAGAAGAUGUGCCUUAACAUCUGAGAAGUGCCCUGUGGACAAUGCCAAACUGACGGUGGUCGUGAACAACAUUGCUGUGGCCGAGCAGAUCGGGGAGCUGUUCAUACACUGCAAAUAUGGCUGCCGGCCCGCUGCCAGCAGCAAGCCCACCGCCUUCGAGGUGGACCCCCGCGGGUGCCCGUUUACAAUUAAACUGAGUGCCAGGAAAGAUCACGAAAGCAGCUGUGACUACAGGCCAGUGCGAUGCCCCAAUAACCCCAGCUGCCCACCUCUCCUGAAAAUGAACCUGGAGGCACAUCUCAAGGAGUGCGAGCACAUCAAGUGUCCUCACUCCAAAUACGGGUGCACGUUCAUUGGGAACCAAGACACGUACGAGACGCACCUGGAGAUGUGCAAGUUCGAGGGCCUGAAGGAGUUCCUGCAGCAGACGGACGACCGCUUCCAUGAGAUGCAGGUGGCUAUGGCGCAAAAGGACCAGGAGAUCGCCUUCCUGCGCUCCAUGCUGGGCAAGCUCUCAGAGAAGAUCGACCAGCUGGAGAAAAACCUCGAGCUCAAGUUUGAUGUGCUGGACGAGAACCAGAGCAAGCUGAGCGAGGACCUGAUGGAGUUCCGCAGGGAUGCCUCCAUGCUAAACGAUGAGCUCUCGCACAUCAACGCUCGGCUCAACAUGGGGAUCCUGGGCUCCUAUGAUCCUCAGCAGAUCUUCAAGUGCAAGGGCACUUUUGUGGGACACCAGGGCCCCGUGUGGUGUCUGUGCGUUUACUCCAUUGGAGACUUGCUUUUCAGUGGCUCUUCGGACAAAACCAUUAAGGUGUGGGAUACCUGUACCACGUACAAGUGCCAAAAGACCUUGGAGGGUCAUGAUGGAAUUGUACUAGCUCUCUGCAUUCAGGGGAACAGGUUGUACAGCGGCUCGGCGGACUGCACCAUCAUUGUCUGGGAUAUCCAAACCCUGCAGAAGGUGAACACCAUCCGAGCCCACGACAAUCCCGUCUGCACGCUGGUCUCCUCACACAACAUGCUGUUCAGCGGCUCCCUCAAAGCCAUCAAGGUCUGGGACAUCGUCGGCACUGAGCUGAAGCUGAAGAAGGAGCUGACGGGUCUGAACCACUGGGUGCGAGCGCUCGUGGCCUCGCAGAACUAUCUCUACAGCGGGUCAUACCAGACAAUCAAGAUCUGGGACAUCCGGAACCUGGAGUGCGUCCACGUGCUGCAGACGUCGGGGGGCAGCGUCUACUCCAUCGCCGUGACGAACCACCACAUCGUGUGCGGCACCUACGAGAACCUCAUCCACGUCUGGGAUAUCGAGUCCAAGGAGCAGGUGCGGACGCUGACUGGGCAUGUGGGCACGGUGUAUGCCCUGGCCGUCAUCUCCACACCCGACCAGACCAAAGUCUUCAGCGCCUCCUAUGACCGGUCUCUCAGGGUGUGGAGCAUGGACAACAUGAUCUGCACGCAGACGCUGCUGCGCCACCAGGGCAGCGUGACAGCCCUCGCCGUCUCCCGGGGCCGCCUCUUCUCCGGGGCUGUGGACAGCACGGUUAAGGUCUGGACGUGCUAACGGGAGCAGCUGCGUUAGUCCUGCACACUGAACGACCAAAAACCCCUCUCUGCCAGCCUCCUGGAUGACGACACCACUACAAACCACUGCUGCAGCUCCCCCCUCGCCGGCUGCCGCCCGUGCCCCCCAUCACCCUCCGCAAAGCCCAGACUGCAGCCUGUCGGCACCUCAAGGGCUGUUCUCAGGGCUGCGUGGCCCUGGGCCAGGCUCUGCACAGUGUCCCGGGAGCUGAUCCCAGCCCCUGGUCCAGAGGGGCUGAGCCUUGGGGCCGGGAGGCCUGGCCCUGCAAGGAGGCGCCAUGCAGCUCUCGGCCAGUCCUGGGACUGCCAGGCUCACCCACGCCCGCCUGAAUCUGGUCUGUCAAGGAAGGAGAGUGCCGGGGCGCAGGCUGCACUGCCGAGGGUCAGCCGCGUCCCCUCCUGCCCCCCCCUGCCCCCAGAUUUAAUUUACUGCCAAGACCAGCUCUUUGACCUCGGGAGAGGAGUUGUCCUUGUGUGUCCAGGUACGAUUUCUACGCCCCUUGCUAGCCCCUGCCCGCCGGGCCACCCUGUCGCGGCAGCCUCCACAGCCAAGCCUUUGUUGCGUUUUUACUCACGUUUUGUACGGUUUUUAAGAUUGUAAUAUAGAUUUGGUUAUCUCCUCCUUGACAAUAAAAGGGCAAAGCGUCA